CCCAUCAAUCUUUGAAAUAAACGAGUUUAAGUCUACCAUUUUGUUAACACUGCAAUGGCUACACUCCAAAACUAUCCAUAUUUUCCUCCUACACCACCUCACAAUUUUCCAUCGCCACCGAAGGUACCACCACCACAUCCACCCAUUGUAACCUCACCACCACCUCAUAUUGUUCCCUCACCACCUCACCCCAUCUCUCCACCACCACUACCGCCUCAUGUUGUUCCCCAUCCACCACCACCCCAUCCACCCAUUGUAACACCACCACCACCUCAUAUUGUUCCCUCACCACCUCACCCCAUCUUUCCACCACCACUACCGCCUCAUGUUGUUCCCUCUCCACCACCACCUCCACCGCAUAUUGUUCCCCCUCCACCCCAUUCGGUCUUUCCGCCACCACCACCACAUAUUAUUCCAUCUCCACCCCAUCCCUUCUCUCCACCACCACCACAACCACCCACUCCAGGACACCAUACUGUCAUCAUUUUCAUUUUCGUUUCACUUGGUGGAUUAUUCUUCCUUGCAUUUCUCUCAGUUGCCCUUUUCUGCUUCCUUAAAAAGAGAAAGAAGAGAAUCAUUCAGGAAACAGAUAAAGUGGAAAUUGACGAACGCAUAAGAGUCCAUGAAGACAUUGUUCCUGGUCCACAUGGAAAAAAAACUGUUAUCCUAACCAUUGAUGAUGAUGUGAACAUCGAAGAAGAAAUCAAGAAGAAUGAGGUAGUCGGGAAAAGUUCACACAUGAAAUCAGCCGAAAACCAUCCUCAAGCUCUGGACAUGGUAGCAACCACAUCUGAUCACACUCAUAAUCAUCACUAACAGAGACUCACUUGAAUCAUGAACAUCCAUUGGGAAAACAGCAGCUUCAUUAUCUUGUUUGUAAUAAUAAUUAUAAUCUUCCAAGGAACGAGGUGUAAUAACUCAAUGUAAUACGAAUAAUCUGAAAACGUUAAAAUGUAAGUGUUCAGUUCUGAGUACAAUAUUCAAAGGUGGACAGUACAUGAUUAAGAUCUUCAGUUUCUUUGCU